CCUGCGCGCAUGCGCGCCAGCGCCUUUCUGCGCCGCCGCGCCUCCAGCUGCCCUGGUUACCGUAGGUGUUUGUGAAUUCCCUGCAGCGCCUGCUUCGCUGGAGACCUGAGGCGCCAGGCUUCAGUAGCGGUUCGACACGCGCGCGCCCGCCCGCCCGCCGGCGUCUCGCGGUCCCCGUUGGGCGGCUGAGCCGGGAGGGAGGACCUGCGGCCACUUCUCGCCCUCCUACUGCUCUGUUGGGCGGGCACGCGGAUAAAAUGGCGAAGUGGGGGUAGCUGGCGCGGAACCUGAAGCGAUGGGGCGCGCUCGCGGGGCCGUCGUUGGAGCCUCCUGAGGUGGGCGCGGGGUGGUUCGCCGCGGCAGUUUGAACUGGCGACCUCGGGCCGGCGCCUAAGAGGUCAGACCACGGACUCCGCGGGUCGCUGUAGGCCCCGCCGCGAGUCGGAGGCAAUGGAUGAACAGAGUGUAGAGAGCAUUGCUGAGGUUUUUCGAUGUUUCAUCUGUAUGGAGAAAUUGCGGGAUGCACGCCUGUGUCCUCAUUGCUCCAAGCUUUGUUGUUUCAGCUGUAUCAGGCGCUGGCUGACAGAGCAGAGAGCUCAAUGUCCUCACUGCCGUGCUCCACUCCAGAUACGGGAACUAGUAAACUGUCGUUGGGCAGAAGAAGUAACACAGCAGCUUGAUACUCUUCAACUCUGUAGUCUCACCAAACAUGAAGAAAAUGAAAAGGACAAAUGUGAAAAUCAUCAUGAAAAACUUAGUGUAUUUUGCUGGACCUGUAAGAAGUGUAUCUGCCAUCAGUGUGCACUUUGGGGAGGAAUGCACGGUGGACAUACCUUUAAACCUUUGGCGGAAAUUUACGAGCAGCAUGUGACUAAAGUGAAUGAAGAGGUAGCUAAACUUCGUCGGCGUCUCAUGGAACUAAUCAGCUUAGUUCAAGAAGUGGAAAGAAAUGUAGAAGCUGUAAGAAAUGCAAAAGAUGAGCGUGUUCGGGAAAUUAGGAAUGCAGUGGAGAUGAUGAUUGCACGGCUAGACACACAGCUGAAGAAUAAGCUUAUAACACUGAUGGGUCAGAAGACUUCUCUAACACAAGAAACAGAGCUUUUGGAAUCCUUACUUCAGGAGGUAGAGCACCAGUUACGAUCUUGUAGUAAGAGUGAAUUGAUAUCUAAGAGCUCAGAGAUCCUCAUGAUGUUUCAGCAAGUUCAUCGCAAGCCCAUGGCAUCCUUUGUUACCACUCCUGUUCCACCAGAUUUUACCAGUGAAUUAGUACCAUCUUAUGAUUCAGCUACUUUUGUUUUAGAGAAUUUCAGCACUUUGCGCCAGAGAGCAGAUCCUGUUUACAGUCCACCUCUUCAAGUUUCAGGACUUUGUUGGAGAUUAAAAGUUUACCCAGAUGGAAAUGGAGUUGUUCGUGGUUACUACUUAUCUGUGUUUCUGGAACUCUCAGCUGGCUUGCCUGAAACUUCCAAAUAUGAAUAUCGUGUAGAAAUGGUUCAUCAGUCCUGCAAUGAUCCUACGAAAAACAUCAUUCGAGAGUUUGCAUCUGACUUUGAAGUUGGAGAAUGCUGGGGUUAUAAUAGGUUUUUCCGUUUGGACUUACUUGCAAAUGAAGGAUACUUGAAUCGACAAAAUGAUACAGUAAUUUUAAGGUUUCAGGUUCGUUCACCAACUUUCUUUCAAAAAUGCCGGGACCAGCAUUGGUAUAUUACUCAAUUGGAGGCUGCACAGACUAGCUAUAUCCAACAAAUAAAUAACCUUAAAGAGAGACUUACUAUUGAGUUAUCUCGAACUCAGAAAUCAAGAGAUUUGUCACCACCAGCUAAUCAUCUUAGCCCCCAAAAUGAUGACAGUCCUGAGACACGAUCUAAGAAGUCUGGGUCCUGUGCUGACAUGCUUCUCCAGGAUGGUCCUAUUUCAGCUUCUGUAAGAGAGGCCAAAGAGGAUGAAGAUGAGGAGAAGAUUCCGAAUGAGGAUUAUCAUCAUGAGCUUUCAGAUGGGGAUCUGGAUCUGGAUCUUGUUGGUGAAGAUGAAGUAAACCACCUCGAUGGUAGCAGUUCCUCUGCCAGUUCCACAGCAACAAGUAACACGGAGGAAAAUGACAUUGAUGAAGAAACUAUGUCUGGAGAAAAUGAUGUGGAAUACAACAACAUGGAAUUGGAAGAAGGAGAACUGAUGGAAGAUUCAGCUGCUGCAGGACCUCCGGGUGGUAACCAUGGCUAUGUUGGUGCCAGUAGUAGAAUGUCAAGAAGAACACACUUAUGUUCUGCUACUACAAGUAAUUUAUUAGACAUUGAUCCUUUCAUUUUAAUGCAUUUGUUGGACCUUAAGGGCCGGAACAGUAUGGAAAAUUUGUGGGGCUUACAACCUCGCCCACCUGCUUCACUGUUGCAGCCCACAGUUUCAUAUUGUCGAAAAGAUAAAGAUCAAAGGAAACAGCAGGCAAUGUGGCGAGUUCCCUCUGACUUAAAGAUGCUAAAAAGACUGAAAACUCAAAUGGCUGAAGUUCGAUGUAUGAAGACUGAUGUAAAGAAUCCACUUUCAGAAAUAAAAAGCAGCAAUGCUCCUUCUGGAGACAUGCAGACAAGUCUUUUUUCUGCUGACCAGGCAGCUCUGGCUGCAUGUGGAACUGAAAACUCUGGCAGAUUACAGGAUUUGGGAAUGGAGCUCUUGGCAAAGUCAUCAGUUGCCAGUUGCUACAUACGAAACUCCGCAAAUAAGAAGAGUAAUUCACCCAAGCCAGGUCGGUCCAGUAUAGCAGGUAGUCUAUCACUUCGAAGAGCAGUAGACCCUGGGGAAAAUAGCUAUUCAAGGGGAGACUGUCAACCUCUGUCUGAAGUUUCCCCAGGAAGCUCUCAGUCUGGGAGCAGGCACAGUUCUCCCCGAGCCUUGACACAUGGCAGUUUCGGUGAUAUUCUGCCGAAAUCUGAAGACCUGCAGAGUCAGGCUUUGGAUUCAAAUGCUAUUGUGGUUGCAGUUAUCAAUGGCUUACCUGCUGUUGAGAAAAGGAGGAAGAUGGUCACCUUGGGGGCUAAUGUUAAAGGAGGUCGUCUGGAAGGAAUGCAAAUGACUGACUUGGAAAAUAAUUCUGAAACUGGGGAAUUACAGGCUAUACUGCCUGAAGGAGCUUCAGCUGCCCCUGAGGAAGGAAUGAGUAGCGACAGUGACGUGGAAUGUGACACCGAGAACGAGGAGCAGGAAGAGCACACCAGCCUGGGCGGAUUCAACGACUCUUUCACAGCACAGCCCCCAGAUGAAGAUACGCAUUCCAGUUUUCCUGAUGGGGAACAAAUAGGCCUUGAAGAUCUCAGCUUCAAUACUGAAGACAACAGUGGAAGAGCCUUUGGGUGUGACAGGGGCUGAGCGCCUCACUGGGAGUUGCUGUACUUGGCCCUCACUGGGAGUUGUACUUGGUGACGGUGUCCAUGCCCUCUUGCAAGGCCUUCUCGGCCAGCUUUUGUGGCAGGACCAGGCGCACGGCCGACCGGGUAUCAUGGAUUGUGAUGGUCAAGCGCCUGCGCUGACGCCUCAGGCGCCUCGCCCGCGAUGCGCUCGAACAUGUCGUUGACGAAGGAGUUCAUGAUGCCCAUGGCCUUGGACGAGAUGCCGGUGUUGGGGUGCCUCCCCUUGAGCACCUUGUCCACGUACACCGAGUAGUUCUCCUGGCAGCUGCGCUUGCACUUCUUGCUGUUCUGCACACUGGAGCCCUUCUUCGGGGCGCUAGCGGACUUGGCAGCCUUGACCAUGUCGGAGCUCAGCGGACUGGUUCACCUGGAGAAGGGCAAGUAGUAUAUUCUUAAAGAGCAGUUUGUCGACUACAACAGAAGGGCAAGUAACUGCUGAAAAAUGUCCCCAGAGACGUGCAUGCGCUCAGUGAUGCUCGCCACCGGUGCUGUCCUGUUUUUGGCUAGAUGCUCAGUUGUGUUUAAGUGACUGGCUUUUGGGUUUUAAUCAGUGUAUAGUUUCAUUAGUGCCUGUAGAUUAGUGAACAGAAAAACUACUUAUGUGUAGAUUCUGUCCCGUAGAUACUUUAUUAUGUGAAUGACUGAAGUAACACUACACUAACUAAAGUGAACUUAUUUAUCUUUUCAUGUGUUUAUUCAAGUGCAGGCACACUGAUCAAUGGCUCAUAAUCUUUCUAUUGUGUGACUUUUACAAGUGUAUUUUUACUAGUAAAUAAGUUAAUGUGGAUUGGUUAUAUUCCUGGUUACAUGAACGCGUAUAAGAUCAUUUAAAGUAUCUCAUUUUUUCUGCCUCUAAAGUACAAGUAUUUAAUGUCCUCUUGUUCUCCUUUUUUUUCCAUUAGUUGGACAUGGAUUUCAGUGUCAGGGACAUUUAAAGAAAUACAAAUUGCAGGUUUACAUGAAACUGUGGUAUAGGUUUCUUUCAUACUUGCAAUGAGCCCAAAGUAGUUGCCAAACUUUUGCCAUUGUGCUCCUGCAUUUGUGUUUGAGCUGCUAGACUGUUGGUGAAAAUUACACUGAAAGUUGACUGAGACUAUUGAAAAAGCAUGAAUAUAUAUACAUGUGAGAGGCAUCUCAUCUGCUUAUAUUUUACUUAAUAUUCACUUUUCCAUGUCUAAUAUGUUGCCGGUUGCUAUAUAUAAUUCAUGGUUUGCUUUUGUUCAAAACAGUUGGCUCUUUUUGUUAAUAAAAUGAACUUGAGAAAAUAUUAUGCCUCUGCAAUUUAUUAGAAGUGGGACAGGAAGCCCCCUUUUUUAUUUUUUCUAUUUAUAUUGCCUGCAUAUUAUAGAGGCUGUUGAGCUCUGUAGACUGUUAGUAAAUGCAUGGGAAGUUAGGAGACUUAUUUAUAAUGUCCUUAAUAUAUAUGAUUACCUUUUCUCUUUAAAAGUUAAUUGAAAAUAUUUAAGAACUAUCAUCUUAGGAAAAGUAAAAAUUUAGCACUUGUUUACUAACAUGUUAAUUGGCAUGCUGUUGUAUAAUUAUUACGUAGUUUGUCAUGCAGUGAUCUAACAUUUUCUAUUAGAUAGAAAUGUGCUCAUGGUCAUUACAUUUUGAUGAGAUCAUAUUUUUAAUCCAGCUUUUUCUUAUCUCUACAUUGUAAUAGAUGAAAAUAUAAUGUAAGAAUUUUGCACCUUUAGUGUUGAGAGCAAACCAUUUGAAAAAUGAGUUGUUGUUUUAAAAUAAAUCCAUAAACAUAA